AUAUAAAAUUGAAGAAGCUCAAAAAGAAACAGAAUUAAUAAAUAAAUCUUGGGUUCAAAAUCAAAAUCAAAAUGUUCAACUAAUGAAUAAGCGUGAUGAACAAUAUAAUGAACUUAAAAAUGUUCAUUCGAUCGCUUUAGUACUGGAUAGAAAAAAUAGAAUUCUGAACCGGGAAAUAAUUUCUUUGUCUCAACAAGUUGUUCAACACGAACGAACACUUGAUACCACAAAAAAAAAUUUAUUGAGAUUAGAAGAAAAUUUUUGCAAAAAGGAAGGUAAAAGCAGUGAACUAUUAAAUGAAAAUGAAUAUUUACGCCAUUCUUAUAUUGUUGAAUUGAAGGAAAAUGAAAAACAAUCAUUGGAACAUGCAAAUCAAUUGAAAUUGCUAAAGAAUGAAUUAAAUGAAAUAAAAAACCUUUGUGCAGAAAAAGAACGUGAAUCUUUAUCGUGGGAAACAAAAGUGCAGACACUUGUUGAAUAUAAAAAUAAAAUUAAGCUCAAAGACAGUGAUCUAAGUUAUAUUGAAACUAAAAAAAAAGAAAUACAUAGGAUGCAGAUAAGAGAAAAACAAUUAAAAAAAGAAAGCAAAAAAAUCAUGAAAAACUUAGAACUUAGCUUAUUAAGACAUACAUCAAUCUAUAAUAAAGCUGUAUCAAAAUUUGAUAGUUUAAAGGGAAAUAAGAUUAACAUACAGUCAUUUUUAAAAAAGCUUGAAAAUUUACGAUCAGCUAUAGAAAAAAAAAAAAAAGAAUGUGAAGGAUUAACAACAUGUGCAAACAAUUUACAACAUAAUAAAUUAGAACUGGAGUGUAAAGUUGCAAGUUUAAAUGUUAAAACUACUAAUGUUGAAAAGGAUAUUAGUGAUUUGACUGCAACUAUUAAAGAUUUAGGUGUUACAAAAAUGAAGAACGUUUAUGAAUUAAGCUACAAACAGAGUUAUGCAAAAUUCUUGGAAGAAGUUAAUAAUGACAAAUACCGUAUGGUGAUAAAAAAUGAAUCAAAAAUGAAUGACGAACUAGCAGCCGGGUUGAAGAUAAAUUCCGAUUUAACAAGUGUUGUAGAAGCUUUGAAAAACGAUUUUCCGAACUUGAACAUUCAAAUAACGCGUAUGCUGUUUAUUCUAAAAUCUAUUGGAAGUUAAUAAUAUCGUAACUUAACUAAACGUGCCAAUUAAACUGAAACUUAACUACUGCAACCUGCAGGGACGGAGAAAUAGAUUUGGAAAUAUACAUUUUUUGAAUGGCAUGAGUAAUA